AUGGCUGCGACAAUGGCGAAACGGGCGGCUGAGAGCGCCAACAGGACCCUGCCCGCAGCCGAGCGACAACUCUUCGAAUCCGUGUACAAGAAGAGCGUUCAGGAGUGGAUGCGCUGGCUUCCGGGAUGGGACAACUUUCCGUUCGAGAGCGUCAACGUCAACGUCGUUGGAUGGGCGGCCAGAAGCAAGUUCCAGAUUCAGGGGUCGACUGGCGGCAUUGACGUUCAUACCGGCUUCAACGACGAUCAGGGCUAUCCGACAUGCAACCCCGGCUGUUCCCGCGAAUUGCACCCAGACGGUGACUUCAGCGGCUGCCCUGGUGGUCCCGAGCGUCGCUUCCACCAAUUUCUUCUCCUAGAUCCGUCAUGGGGAGAAUUCAACAUGGGAGCAGCGUCCUCUGCGGGAGUCAGCAUCAGCCUCUACGGCUGGGAGACCAUUGGAAGCCAAGGAAAAGACUGGCCGAUGCUGGUGCAUGAGUUUGGACACUCGAUCAGCUUUCCAGACUUUCUCGAUGACUUCACCCGGCCGAAGAACCGAACGAUCUGCUCCAUUCUGUGGAUUCCCGAAAACGCCCCGGAGAAGUUUGUGAUGUGCCCUGGAAGUGGCGGGUUCGAUAUGCCGCCGGCUCUUACAGAUAUGGAAGGCUGGAUGCUGCGUCACUGGUGGUCCAGAUUCUCGCGACUCAGGGGGUGGCAGAGCGACAACGUGACUUGGCCGGCUCCCCGGAACUGCCCGCAGAUUGAGACGCGGCAGCUCGGAUCGAAGGGGAAUAACCAGCAGCUGCGCGACUUGCACUGA